AUGGUUUUCACCAGCAUGGUUCUCGCUUGCCGGAAAGACGGUAUCUCGCACGACGAGUUUGAGAGACGAUACGAGCAACACUUAGUUCUGGUGGAGGAAUUGUGUGGCAACGCGAUGCCCCUGAAGCACACCAGAUACUACCCCCAACACGGCGGAGCAGAUGACAAGCCCAUUGUCCUUUUCGGAAACAACAAGGAGAUGAAAUACGACGUCAUCGUGACAAUCGAGUUCGAAGACGAGGCUGCGUGGCAGAAAUUUGGCGCCAUACUGUCCGAGCCGGAGGCUGCCGCAAAGAUCGCGGCUGAUGAGGAUGGGUUCUGGGAUAGAAACCAGAUGCACGUGUUCAACGUGGGAGGCGUCAAGGUUUGGGAGAGGAAAUGA